AUGGCCGAGCAUGGGAACACCGAAAACAACUUCACAGAAGAGACGCCCGUGAGCUUUGAGGAGGAAGUGGAAACAUUUCUGAUAAACCUGCACGAUUUUGUGUAUCAUAGAAAUGCUGAGGCUAUAAAGAAGUUAUUUGAUACUGAUUUUUAUGCAAUAUCAGAAAUAUAUUUUAAGAAUAUUCGAUGGCCAUCGAUAAAAUUGGUUGACAUAUUUUACAAGCAGAAGAAUCGAUUCCACAACUUGAUUCAUUCUCUGUAUGAGGAGCUAUAUUACCGUCAUGUGUUCAUAAUAAAUGAUGUGACAUUAGAAGAUCGUAAGAAUGCAUGGGAUAAUUACAAAUGUUUAUUAAAUUUCAUAUCUAGUAUCUGCUCCGAUUCAUCAGGUGAGACAAAUGAUAAUGUGUUAGUAAUGCCAAAUGUAUGGAUAUAUGAUUUUUUAUCAGAAUAUGUAUAUCAAUAUCAAUCCAUGUGCCACUUUAAAAUAAAGUUACUAAAAGAACCAGAAGAAAAUAUGGAAGGUAUUGACUUUUUAAUAAAAAAUUCAGAUGUAUUUGAAAGUAGCAUAGUGUUAGAAGUAUUACAUAGUUUAUUAUUAAAAGCAGAAUUUUCAACUUUACCAGAAGAGGAAAAAAAUAUUUUUGUUCAUAAUUAUUUCCACAUAAAUAAUGAAGAAUUAACAAGUAAAUAUCAAUUUGCAUACUUUGCAUGUUGUAUAUUAUUAAGAGUUUAUGUACUCAUGGGAGAUUAUUACACAGCUCUAAAAAUUAUUUCAUGUAUUGAAUUAAGUCAUAAGGCAUUAUAUUGGAAAGUAACCCUAUGUCAUAUAAAUAUUUUUUAUAAUGUAGCUUUUUGCUAUAUGAUGUUAAGGAGAUAUAAUGAUUGUAUUAAAAUUUUAUCUCAGAUUUUAAUUUAUUUAUCGAAACAGAAGGUCCAUAUUUCAAACCAGCAAAGAUAUCAACAGAGUUUAAUUAAUAAAUUAAUUGAUAAAAUGUAUCUCAUUGUUAUUAUUUGCCACACUUUAACCAAUACCAGACUUGAUGAAACAGUACUUCAAAAUAUAAAAGAAAAUUAUUCAGGAAAAUUUUAUGCUCUUUUACAGUCAACAAAUGAACAGGCUUAUGCUGAUCUUUUUUAUAAAGUUGCUCCAAAAUUUAUUGAUCCUUUAUCCAACAUUAGUUUUCAAUUACUAGCCAAUUUUGAAAAUGUGCAGAAUCAGACAUAUAAUUCAGAUCCCACAACAACGCAGUUAAAUAUUUUUUUAAAAGAUGUUUCUUACCAGAAAAAAGCAUUCCAUUUUAUUUCCUACGCAAAAUUGUAUCAUAAUAUACAACUUAAGAAAUUGAGUAGUCUCAUGAAUUAUGGAGAUCGACACCAGGUGAGAAAUGGACAUCUGGUUGCUGAUCAAGCCGAAGGAGACACAGCCAAACUGACAGAUGAACACGUAGAUGCAGCAAACGAAGAGAAGAACCCUCUGAAUGAGCAGCUUGUCUCUGCAGAUAUCAUGUGUGUGAAAGUUUCUGGAAGACAACUGGUGUGGAAAGAUGGUCCUUUGUACAAGGGAGAAGUUGUUACAUCUAUUUUCGGAUCAACCUUCGACUUUUACAUCGAUAUGGAUAUCCUAAACAUCAAGACACGGGCCCAGCAGAAAAUUUUUAUUGACUAUUUCGUGCACCAAAUAAAUAUGUGUAAGAACCUGAGCAACAAUUUGCAGGGAAUUGGUGGCCCACACGUCUACAAGCCCAAGUAUGACAACUUCAGGCGGAAGAACAAGAACAAGACGAGGGGAAAACAAUCCUAG